AACUGCGCAGGCGCGGGGUGUUAAGCCACAAGCCGUCUUCUCGCGAGAGCAGGAACGUCAGCAUGGCGGUGCUCCUUGAAACGACGCUGGGCGAUAUUGUAAUUGAUUUGUUUACAGAUGAAAGGCCUAAAACUUGCUUAAACUUUCUGAAAUUAUGCAAGAUAAAAUACUACAACUACUGCCUCAUCCACAAUGUGCAGAGAGACUUCAUCAUGCAGACUGGAGAUCCCACUGGGACAGGCCGUGGCGGAGAAUCUGUUUACAGCAAACUCUAUGGGGACCAGGCCCGCUUUUUUGAUGCAGAGAAAGCACCGCGCAUCAAACACAGGAAGAGGGGAACGGUAUCUAUGGUGAACAAUGGAAAUGAUCAACAUGGUUCUCAGUUCCUGAUUACAACUGGAGAGAACCUGGACUAUCUGGAUGGAGUUCAUACUGUGUUUGGGGAAGUGACAGAAGGCAUGGACAUCUUGACCAAAAUUAAUGAAGCCUUUGUUGACAAGGAUUUUGUUCCAUUUCAGGAUAUCCGGAUAAAUCACACCGUUAUACUGGACGACCCGUUUGAUGACCCUCCUGACCUGCCGGUGCCCGAUCGAUCACCUGAGCCCACCAAAGAGCAGCUAGAUAGCGGCCGUAUUGGAGCAGAUGAAGUGAUCGAUGAUACAGAGGGGAAAGGAGCCGAGGAACUAGAAGAGAGGCUGAAGGAGAAAGAGGCUAAGACUCAGGCCAUCCUGCUGGAGAUGGUGGGCGAUCUCCCCGACGCAGAUGUGAAGCCUCCAGACAACGUGCUGUUUGUGUGCAAACUGAACCCAGUGACCACAGAUGAAGACCUGGAAAUCAUCUUCUCCCGCUUUGGGCAGAUUAAAAGCUGUGAGAUCAUCCGAGACUGGAAAAGUGGAGAUUCCCUCUGUUACGCUUUUAUUGAGUUUGAAAAGCAAGAAGACUGUGAGAAGGCCUACUUCAAAAUGGACAAUGUGCUCAUCGAUGAUCGACGCAUUCACGUAGACUUCAGCCAGUCGGUGGCAAAGAUCAAAUGGAAAGGGAAAGGUGGUAAAUACACUAAAGAUGACUUCAAAGCCUACGAGAAGGACGUGGAGAACCGAUCCAAACUGGCUCUCAAGGAUCAAAUGAAGCCCAAACAAGAUUCCAAGUACGACCUGCUAAUCGACGAGGAAGAGGAGGCGACGAGUCACCGGCACUCUGAGAAGAAACACAAGGAGAAGAAGCAUCACCAUCAUUCAGAUGACGAGAACAGCAGGAAGUCCAAGAAGCACAAGGAGAGUGAUGAGAGCCGGCGUGACAGGAAAACCGUCCGUCAACGCUCUCGAUCGCGAUCCAGGUCCAGAGACCGUGACCACAAACACAGCAAGUCGCGGAUGAAACAUGGGAAAGAAGGCCGAGAUAAAGGCCACAGCCACAGAGACCGCAGUCGCAGUCGCAGUCGCUCGCCCAGGAAGUCCAAGGAUAAAGACAGGAGUAGAUACAGAUGAGGCAGGAUAAAAGGAAAGAUGCUUCUCCUUAAUCUUACUGAGUAUCUUAGUGGCACAGCUCUUGCAUGUGAUGUUUAUCAGCUUAAACUUCCCCUAAAAUCACUUACUUUGACUUCUAGAAAUAACAGCUUCGUGUCACAUUGUCUCAAUCAGCAAAACCGAAUGGAAAGACAUUGGUUUUUUUUACAUGAACAUUAAAAAAAAUCACCAUAAUGUGGUCGCAUCAGUUCAUCAGUAUCAACAUUUCAUUUGAAUACCAUGACAGACUUCCCCAGUCUCAGUGUCGUCUACUUCCUCACCACCAUCCUCUUCCUCUUACACUCUGCCUGAUUUAGAAUAGAUGUGGUAGAUGAUUAAUAUCCCACCUUUGACUUUUUUACUGGUGGGAUUUUUGUUUUUUACAUCUAUAAAAUGUCGGCGUGGAAAAUCGCUGUAGAGUGUCUCCACUGUGCUGAGGGAAUUCACUGGUGUCUCCCUCCACCCACCUCAUCGAGCCGGGGUGAUGCACCGACUCAAAAUGUCACUUCACAAAAACUCUGAGCGGAUAUCUCUGCCUGCAAGUUCAGGGUAAAUUUAGAGGAAACUUUAGAUGUAAGAUAAGUAGAAAGCAUUAUUAAAAUGUAGCGUAUUAACAAUUAAUCACUUUGUAGAAGGAAUACUGUGUAAAUUGAGGCUUUGUCAGCUGUUAAAACUAGAGCCUGACUGACACUUAAUACUUAAUGUUUGGGGCUGAUUUAGAAAAUUACAAUAUCACUAUAAUUACUGCAAUUCUUUAUAUACAGUGCUUAACAAAUUUAUUAGACAACCCGUCAUUACAAAAAAACAACAAAACACAAAUAUUUUAGAAAUCAACCAGAAACUUGUUUCAAACUAAAAAUUGUAUUGUUAUUUAUGAGGCAAAUAACAAACUGGAACAACUAAACAGUUCGUCUUCACAUAUAUUACCCAAAAUUCUUGGCCCUAAUACCAACUUGUGUUCUUUCUAGCAGUGCUUUUAUGUACUUUUUGGUGUCUCUUUUGUUAUUGAGUUCCAAAUAGUUUCUAGCCAGCACUCUGGAACUUUCUGAGAAGUCAAAAAUUAAUCAAGAAUAACACACAAACACUAAAGCUAAUUUUUCUGAUCAGGAAUGCAAGCAAUAAUAAUUUGGCAUCUCAAUCAAAAAGUAUGUGCUUUACUGUUUUUUUCUGCUUUUUUGUAAAACGGUGAAUUUGAAAAUCCAUGGAUAUCUGUGUAGGUUCUCAUUCAUCCAGGCCAUGGUUAUCCAAAGUAGUUUAAAUAAAUCCACUGGACUUUAAGAAAGUUCCUUGAAGACGUUUCACCGCUCAUCCAAGAGGCUUCUUCAGUUCUGGUGGUGGUUGGUGUUGCCUCAGCUUUUUAAACCUCUGUGAGGUGUGUCCAGGGCUAUUAUUCCAACGACCCAUACCAAUACUCGUCUGACUACUCAACGAUGGUCGUUGUGAGUAUCGGUGGGGGUCGUUGAAAUGCACAGAUGUCACUGAGCUCUCAUGUGCUAAUGGUGGUCAUUAGCAUGAGUCUGCUGAGUAGUUCUUUUGGGGAGUUUAGAAAGGACCUGGUCGUUGGAAUAAUAGCCCUGGACACACCUCACAGAGGUUUAAAAAGCUGAGGCAACAUGUCUUCAGGGAACUUUCUUAAGUCCAAUGGAUUGAUUUAAACUUUGGAAAAUCCAAGGAUAACAACAAUUAUUAUAUUUUAGCAUUAAAUAUAUUUUGAUUAAAGAGCAUGCACAUACUGGUGGAUUAACCAUUACAGAAACAUAAACAGAUGGUUUUUUUCAUCAGCAAUACUGUUAAUUUAGGGCAGCUGUGGCAAACACUUAACACUGGAUGGUGCUCUCAGAGACCGAGACCACAAUCACAGCAAGUCGUGGAAAUUUGUUAAACACUAUAUACAUAUAUAUAUAUAUAGUAUAACAGGUAAAAUGAAAAGAGGAAAUUCUUUGUUCAUUAAUUUUCCAGCAAUGUAUUUCACAAAUUAGUGAGCAUCUUACCACUAAGACACCACUGGACUCCACACCAUCCUCUCAGUUGUGAUACCUACUCUGCUACAUGUGCUGCAAAACACACUUUCCUGGACAAACUGCAGUGAUUUUGUAGCUUGUCCAGUGAAGUAUUUAAUCCUGGAAUUUUAGCUGCUUUAAUGUUGCUUUUCAACAUUAAAUCAUGGUCAGUUUAAUGUGGCCUUUUGAGAAAAAUUUGCAUAAAAAAAACUCUUUAUUGUCAAAGUGAACACAGGUUUCUUCAAAGGGAUGUCAGCGAAUUAAAAAGAUAGAAUAAGUGAUUGCAUAAGUACUCUUUAAAGUGACUCAUCUAAUUCAACAUGGGUGCAGCCAACUGGUGCUGGAAGUCACACAGUUGAUAAAAUGGGGAUCAUCUGAGAGCAGGGAAUGUGUUGAAAGUUAUUGUAGUAUAAAGACACCUUAAUCUGGAAGGUCCAGUCACUGGUGAAUCAGUACUCCUUAACAUAACUACACCAUUAAGAUGAAAAGAGCACUCCCAGUAACUCAAUAAAAAGGUAAUUAAAAGUGUAAGUUGAGACUGAUACAAGAAAAUGUCCCUUGAAGUACAAUAAUAUCUAUGAUUAAGAAAUGGAGGAAAUAUGGGAUAAAUCCUCAAAAACUGAAAAGACGAGCGGCCACCACGACGCCUAUGACUCCUUCGAGGUAUGAGAUGGCACCAUUCCUGAACCAUCUUCAACGAUGUUCGAUUAAAAGAAAAAAAAACAUUCAUAUCAGAACAUAUUAAAGAUCGAAUUAAGUGUUUUGAAAUAAAGUAUAUAGAAUGUCUUGAAAAGCGAAAAAAGACAUAAAACAAAUACAAUAUAUUGUGAUGCCAAACUGGAUCUCAAGGAGGACAAAUAUCUUAAAUGUUUUCAUAUUUAAGGGAGUUUUUGGUUAGUAUACUUUGCUUUUGAGUAGCCUUGUGUAAUUAAGAAAUCAACAUCAGAUUUAGUGAUAACAAGCAAGUCAUAGUAGUUAUUAGACAAAUUACUAGUACAAGUUUCUAGACGAGUCAAACCUUUCAGUCAGGAUGAUGAGGCUUUAUUUUUGGGUUAUUUCAAGACUCGAGAGUUCACUUAAGUUAUCUGUCAUCAGUAAACGGAACCACAUACAGACAUCCAGAAUCCUUUUAAUUUAACACGUCAUUCUUCAGAAAGAGUCACCACACAAUGUUUUCAAUUUCCCGAAAAUACUGUGCCGUUCUGUAGGUGCGGAGGAGGAGUGUGUGUGUGUGUGUGGUGAACAGCAAUGGAAAUAAGCCUUCCGGAGUGAUCUCUAGAGGGGUGAACCCAGCAAAACUGAAAGCUGACAGCACUGAGCAGAGUGGAAAAAAGGGGUUACACUGCUUCACUCCCACAGAUGGAACCACUGGUAGAGACUUCCCCGGCCUCCCACACAGUGAAUGCACUUCUCUCUCACCUUUAACCUUCUGCAAACAUCACAGAGUGAAGACCAACAUGCCCAAACGGGGCCCGGCUCUUUCUGAACUGAACCCUUUGACCUGUAAAGUGAGUUUGUUGUGAAUUGAACGUGCAGAAUUUAGUUGAAGAGUCACAUUCUGCACUGACACAAGCCCAGGGUGUUGACCCAUGAAUGUUGCAUUGUUCUCUACUGUUUUACUCUCUUACUCAUGUCAUCAGGUCUUUCCAUAAGAAAAGCAGGAAUGCUGAUGAACUGUUGUGAUAGGUGAGGUGAGCUGAAAUGCAAAAGCUGUCAGUCCAAAUGGUCACGCACACAUGCUUACCUGCUGUUGCUCAUUUAGUCAUGCAGAUACACUGACUGGAAGUGUUCUGUAUACAAGUCACAGAUUUAAUGGAAGGUCAGAGGUACCUGCACUGAUGUUUUAUUUUUUAUUUCAAAAAUGAUUUGUCUCUGGUUCAUCUGCAAAGACAAGAAUGGAAAUAAAAGAUAGAUGGUUUACUGUAGGACAAAAGCAAACAUUUUAUUUUACAUUUCCAACUGUGUAAGUAGGAAACUAGAAAAGGUAAAACUUACUGAAGAAAGUCAAAGUGGGUUCAUGUAAGCUGAAAACUGCUGUUGUAACCAGUGUAAAUAGACAUAUAAAGUGUAGUUUGUUUAAGAUUCAUAAGAUUUACAGCUGAAGAUGAAGCACUGAAAGAACUCGAAAUGUCCAUCUUCAGCUGAAAGGAAGUGAAGUGUCGUCAGAAAUGUAAGCAAUGAAAGGACUUUAAUGAUGAUGCACUGAAAAGAGUCAAAGUGUCAGUUGAACUUAAAAUGAAAGGAUGUGAAGCAUCGUCAGAAGUGUAAGGAGUUCAAUGCAUCAGUUUUGAAAUGUUUCAUGAAGCACCAAAAGGAGUUUUAUGAAUCAAUAUUGAAAUGUUUGAUGAAGCCAAUUGAACAUGAAAAACUGAAAGGAUAUUGCGUGUUACAGUUGAAAAUCUCAGAAAUAUAAGCAGUGCAAAAAACAUACAGAUGAACAUAAGUGGAAAAAAUAUAAGUCUAAAGUGUCAAAUAUGCAGUGUUCUAACAAAAUAAAAAUCCAAGUAUACAGUGUAAUAAAUAGUAAUGUAUUUGUGUUACUACACAGAGACAUAGUUAUUUCACAUUAUGGAAUGUUAACUCCAGAAGUGAAGUGAAAAAUUUGUUAACUGUGUUAAAGUGUUUGAUGAAGCACUGAAAGGUGAAGUGUAAGUGUUGAUGGUUGCUGAAGACAUACAUCCAUUUUCUUCCACUUAUCUUAGUUGAAGCAGAUCAUUCUAAAUGUUUGUCUCUUCAGCAACAUUUUUCAGUUUUUAUCUGGGGAUUCUUAUGUGUUAUCAGGCCAGAUGAGGUAUGUAGUCCCUUCGCCAAGUUCUGGGUCUGCUUCAGGGCCUUCUACAGCAAAGCUUCAAUGGAAGUUGCCCAGGAGGAUUCUGAAUCAGAUGCCUGAACCACCUCAGAUGAUUCCUUUUGACGCAAAGGAGCAGCGACUCUAUUCCAAGCUCCCUCUGGAUUUCCAAGUUAUUUCUAAGGCUGAGUCCAGACACCCUGCCGAGGAAACUCAUUUUAGCUGCUUGUAUCUGAGUCCUCAUUCGUUCAGUCACUACCCAGAGCUGGUGAUCAUAUGUGAGGGUUGGAAUGUAGCUCGUCUGGUAAAUCGAUAGCUUUACCUUCAGCUCCCUCUGGUACAACAUCUAUAUUACUGCUGACCAGUCCUUUUGUCCAUCUCAAGCUCCAUCUUCAUGUCACUCAUGAAUAAGAUCUUCAGUUAAAGUUCUUUGAUUGUGGCAGAGAUCCACUGUGUCUGACAAAGAACCACGGCCUCAGAUUUGAAGGUGCUGACGAUAAGGUCACGGCCUGAUGAAACCAACAGAACCACAUCAUCCGCAAACAGCAGAGAUGCAACCCUGAGGUGUUCCAUAGUAAAACAUGUUUCCAAUGCUGAGGCUUCACUUGAAAUUGUUCAAACCUCUGUUUAGAGUUACAGAUGCACAUUAGAUGACAACUAAAGGUGACACUACUGAGAUGAAGGAAGCUGCCUCUCCCACACAUUCUCUGUGGCUUGCGAGUCUGAAGCUUGCAGAAAAUUUGCUACAAAGUUUGAGGCUUUGAUCUUUGUCCUUUCAGUGCUGUCACUUGGCCCUGUUCACAUCUUGUAUUAGCUUGUGUCUAGAUGUGAUGCACCCAAGACAUACUGAGGUCCGCUCUCUCAGACCACAUUCAGAGGCGAUCACAUAAAGCCACGUUUUAAUAGCACAUGAAUGCUGAAGAAAUGAUUACUCAACUGAAGCCCUCUGCAUCAAUCCUUCCAUUCAUCCAUUCUCUGUACACUGCUUUAUCCUCACGAGGGUCGCGGGGGGUGCUGGAGCCUAUCCCAGCUGACUUGGGCAAAGGCAGGGGACACCCUGGACAGGUCGCCAGUCUGUCACAGGGCUACAUAUACAGACAAACAAUCACACUCACAUUCACACCUACGGGCAAUUAACCUCAGCAUAUUUUUGGACAGUGGGAGGAAGCCGGAGUGCACAGGGAGAACAUGCAAACUCCAUCUCUGCAUCAAUGAAAGUCCAUAAUCAUUUACAUUCUGUUUAGCAUAAGCUCACUUUGUCAACUGUGUAUGAAAAUGUUCAUGGCCUACAGAGAUAUGUUGUAGGAUCAUCAAACAUUUCACAAUUUGGUUUGUCUCAAACAUGACGAAAAAUAAACAGAAAUGAUGCGUGCUAUA